AUGCUGCCGCUCACGCCUGUCAUCCAUCUCGCCGCCGCCGGCGAGUCGUGCUGGGACGCCUGCUCCAGCGCAGGCUCCUUCUACGGUGGCCGCUGUGCCGGGUCCCCAUGCGCCGACACUGAGCUGUGCUGUCGCUCGGACAUGCCUGCAGCAGCAGGCUGCGCCGGUCUGGGAUGCGUGGGCGAGCACUGCUGCGCCGACGUCGCGUCUGCAGAGGUCAGCAACGAGGGUGAGCACUGUAUAGAGGACUGCGUCGAUCCGACAGGCGAGUUCGACCCCGCAUGCCGGAGCGGCUUCUGCGGCUCUGGCGGCUUUUGCUGCAUGCGGCAUCAGCCGGCGAAGGGGUUCGUGGGGUGUGGCGACGCUGGGUGCCGCGGCUACCACUGCUGCGUGUCGGUGGUCGGCGAGAGCGCGCCGGUCCUCAACGAGCACGUCGACUGCUGGUCUCGCUGCUUGGAUCCAGAGGGCGAGAGCGGCGGAUGCAGCUCCGGGUUUUGCGGCUCGGGCCUCUGCUGCCGCGGGGACCUCGAGUACCCGUUCGACGACCCGGUCUGCGGCGAGAGCGGCUGCUGGGGGUAUCACUGCUGCGUCUUGCCGGGCAGCGAGGCAGCGCAGAGCCUUGCCGACGCCCCGCCUGCCUGGGUGGUUGCAGCGGUAUGCGUGGCCUCCGCGCUGCUACUCGUCGCCGUAUUGCUGCUGCUUCGCACGUGCCAGGUGACGGCUCGUGCGAGAAAGGCGGCCGGCGUCCUGCUGGAGGGGCACGACUUCUCGACCGGCACGCCGCCAUCCAACACGCCCAACGGCAGGGAGAGCGGCGAGGCGACGUGGCGCGCGUACACCCCGUACGAGCACGACGAGCCCUCCCUCUCCUCGAGCCGGACGGCGUCCUCCUUCGAGGUGGCCUCGCCCGCGGGCGCGAACCAGGACCGCCUCCAUCAGCUGCAGACCAUCCGCAAAAACUUCCCCUCCCAAGAGGAGCCCGAGUGGCUUCGCGACGCGGAGGAGGCGGUCUCUUUCGGCUCGCCUGGUCCGCUGCGGAGCGGAUCCGCCGCCAGCGACCGCCGCGCGCCCAGUGGGUCGUCGCUACGCGGCUCAUGGCGCUUGCUGUGA